AGACAAGCAUGGCGUGUUGACAGUGAGACCAGAGAUCAUCUGAAUGUUACUGAUUAAAGUUCAGUAGAGGAACAGAAGUGAAUAAUGUUGCGCUCUGUGCUCGGUAAAGCAGGGAGAGUUUGGAAUAACAGUUAUAAUAUCAGUAAUGUUCAGUCACGUGUGUGUCGGUGCGCACAUCUCAGCAGCAUCACAUCCAGAUCGUUCAGGACUGAACCCCACACAGAUCCAUCACCAGAGCCCGGGACUGGCACACAGCCCGGCCGAGCAGAUGAGGACCACUUCGGGGAUUAUACCUCGUCUUUCUCCUCCAGGACCAGUUUCCAGAAAGCGAGUCCGGAGCAGCACGAUCUGAAAUACACAGAAGCAGAAGCAGAGAGACACAGAUCCAAACCCAGCCGCCCGAAUACUCAGUACUGGUACCUACUACAGUGUAAACAGCUCAUCAAGAGACACAAAUUGGCCGAGGCGUUGGUGCUGUUUGAGAACGACAUGCUGAAGGUGGAGCGGCUGCAGCCGGAGGAGUUUAACUACACGGUGCUGAUCGGUGGAUGUGGACGAGCUGGAUAUAUCAAAAAAGCCUUUAAACUUUACAACGAUAUGAAGAAGCGAGGGUUGGAGCCGUCGGGAGCCACCUACACCGCUCUGUUCAACGCGUGCGCCGAAUCUCCGUGGAAGCAGUCGGGCCUCGAGCAGGCGAUGAGGCUACGGCAGGAACUGCGCAGGAAGAACGUCGCUCUGAAUGCCAUUACCCAUCAUGCUCUGCUCAAGGCGGUGGCUCGCUCCGGAGACCUGAAGUCUUGCUUUCAAGUGCUGCGGGAGAUGCUUCAGGCCGGACAGGCCAUCACUCAGGAGACGUUCCAGUACCUGCUGAUGUGCUGUGUGGAGGACAAGCAGCAGGGCUUCAGGCUGGCACUGCAGGUGUGGCACCAGAUGCUCAGCGCUGGCAUAAAACCAGACGGCCAGAACUACAACAUCCUCCUGCGGGCUGCAAGGGAUUGUGGGAUAGGCAGCCCCGCCUUGGCGUCCACGUUACUCCUAAGGGUGCCCGAGGAGUCGUCUCCAAAAACCAAAGCUCACAGAAAAGGACCGAGGUUGAGGCUGAAGGAGCGGAUCUCUCCUCCGAACCUCUUGGACGUGGAUGCCUUCGAGCGCCGCCUGUUUGCGGCCCCGCCCCUUGCUGACACGCCCUCACGCGACCAGCGCCAGGGUAAAGACGGCACCUACGAAGCACCACAGAUAAACGACCACACCCCAGAGUCGACACAGAGUCUGGUUCCUGUAUCCCAGAUUAAUGAUCCGAUUGGCUCACCGUCCUGUCCAUCACCAAUAGCGGUACAAAAGUCCCGCCUCCCAAACCUGCUAGACCCGAGCACCUGCCACUCGGGCGUGGUCGGCUUGGGAGCGGCGGACACGGCGUCCGACAGGCUGGCGCUGAUCGGCGAUCUCGACGGCUUCUUGAAUCAGAUGGUCAGCGAUGGAUCGAAGCCCACGAUAAAGACUCUCACGCUAUUGGCUGACGUCACCGAGCCCAGCAGCCAGUCGGUCCAGAGCCUGAUCCAGGUGGCCGAUCAGGUCGGAGUGAAGCUGGACGUGGCGUUCUUUAAUACGCUGAUCAGGAAGGCUGCUAAAGCGGGAGACCUUCAAGGUGCAAAGGCUUUGAAGGUCCUGAUGCAGGAGAGGAAGCUGCAUCCGAACCCUCAGACGUUCUGCAGCGUUGCUCUCGCAUGCAGCAGGCAGGAAGACGGACUUCAGCUUCUCUCAGACAUGGAGUCGUGCGGCGUCGCACCCAACGCCCACGUGUUCAGCGCUCUGAUUGGCCAGGCGACCCGGCGUCUGGAUUACACCUACCUGCACGAGCUGCUCCGCCAAAUGCACCAGCUGCAGGUUCCACCCAACGAGGUCGUCAUCCGGCAGCUGGAGUUCGCUUCUCAGUAUCCACCCAACUAUGAUCAGUUCAAGUCGAAGAACAUCUACCUGGAGAAGAUCGAUGGUUUUCGAGGUUUCUAUAAGCAGUGGCUGGAGUUCAUGCCGGCUCAGGAGACUCCUCAUCCGUGGGAGAAGUUCCGUCUCGCUCAGUCUAACAGCGAGACUGAUGGAGCCGAUGACGUCGUAAAUGAAUCCAGAUGAUUGAAUUGCAUGCAUUUAAUGUAUCAUUAUAUGGCCAAAAGUAUGUGGACACCACUUUUGGUGAUUAAUUUCAGGUGUUUUACUUACACUCUCCUCUGUACAAAGCCUGGUCCAUAGUGACAUGGUUUAGUUUGGAUGAACCCCAGUAACCUGCACCUCAACCCAACAUUUAGGAUGAAAUCUAACAUCAGGUGCAAGCCAGGCCUUCUUAAACAGCAUCAGUGACUGACCUCCAAAAUGCUCUGCUGACUGAAUAUGCACAAAUUCCUACAGACACCCUACAGACAAUUGUAUGUAUAUUCCUUUUCAGGGCCAUAGUUUGGGAACGGGAUGUCCAGCAAGCUCAGUGUCAGGUGUCCACAUACUUUUGGCUAUAAAGAGUAUGAACUUUAUACAAACAGAUCUUUGUUUAUGCAUGUAAGUAUUUAUAAGGUAAUAUGUGUUGUUGAAGUGGAUUCAUUAAUAAAAAUAAAAGUGCAGAACG